GUCAGGAACAUUCGUCUCAAGGAAGAGCCAAGGAGAGGAAGAAUGGCGACCAUGAACCCGACGGCUGUUUGGGGUACUGAUCCCGAGAGGGGCCAGGCCCUGAUGAUGGGGGUGCACGGGCUCUCAACCAGAUGCCCAACUACAGCGCCCAACGUCAACUUGUACUUUUCCAAUCUUGCCACGGUGGGAGCCGGCACUGAUGAAUGGGGUCUCGCACCAGCAGCAUGCCAGAUUCCCAGUUUUUCGGGCCCGCAUCCGCACACGGCGCCCUUUGGUUUCCAUUAUGUCCCUGACGAUCCUGGAGGCUGCUUCACCACAACACCACCGCUCCCCGCCUUCCAACCGCCUGGUGUCACCAGCCACCCCUCUUGUCCCAUCACCACCUCGUCCUCCAGCACCGGACAGUUUGGAAACAACUCGUCCGGAAAUGGCUAUUUUGCCCAUCACAACCCUGUUGCCCCUGUCACGUGGACGGCAGAAACCGACAAAGCCACCACCAGCAUAAGCGAGCGCGAGCGCAGCCUCUUCCCUUUCCAGCACCAGCUGCAGCCAGGUGACACCACCAUUCGCACCACCGACGCCUCGUCGUUCUCGUCGGCUUCAACCCACAGCCCGUUGCACUCACCGACUUUUACCGCGAGUCCCGGAGGAAGAAAUGUCUCAUGGUCCGCUUCAUCGUGUGCUUCGUCGCCACCACCACCUUGUGAAAAGAGCGGUGAUGAUUAUUUUGCCUCUACCGCCACCAUCGUCCCCAUGGAUGCCGGCAACGUCUCCUCGAUUACCACCCAGCAAAUCCCUCUCAAACCCAGCAGCCGCGUGAUUGCAGCUUCCCCGUUGACUGCGCCGAGCCAGACGCAGACGUUGGAGGAAUACGAAAGCAGUCGACGGUUGUGGCACAACCAGAUUGGCAAGAAGUACCGGACUAAGCUGAAUGAGCAGUUUGAGAACCUGCAGCUUGUUUUGCGGCUGUAUGAUGAGGAUGGGGAGGACACCGACACAGAGGGUCCGAACAUCAAUGUCAAGGGGCGGUCUAUCAACAAGGCUAAAUUGUUGGACAUGGCGAGGCAGAAGUUGGAGGAGUUGAGGAAUGAGAGGAAGGCUUGGAGGCAGGAGAAGAGGGCGUUGAUGGAGAACUUGGGGAUGAGUGAGGAGUAA